AUGGCUCCCGGAGAAAAUGAAAGGGAGGCGGGGCCCGCCAAGAGUGCCCUCCGGAAGGUACGCACAGCAACCCUGGUUAUCAACUUGGCUCGCGGUUGGCAGCAGUGGGCAAAUGAGAACAGCACCAGGCAGGCCCAGGAGCCUGCAGGCUGGCUGCCUGGAGCGACCAAUGACCCACCGCACACUCCUAAGCCAGUGGCAUGCCCCGGUCCCCACCAGCAUGCCACCGAACCUCCAUCUCCAAAGCCAGAUGGACAUGGACGUGGACCACCCUCAGAGGACGCCUCCGAGGUCUCCCACAUCAAGAGGAAAGAGGUGACCAAAACAGUUGUUAGCAAGGCUUAUGAGAGAGGAGGAGACGUGAACUACCUGAGCCACAAGUAUGAGAACGACGGGGGUCCGUCUGAAGCUGUUCAGCCGGAGAACGACAUUGACAGACUUCUCAGCCGUGACUCGCCAACGCGGAGAAGAAAAUGCACUAAUCUGGUGUCCGAGCUGACCCAAGGCUGGAAAGUGAUGGAACAGGACGAGCCCACGUGGAAGAGUGACAGCGUAGACACGGAGGACAGUGGCUACGGAGGGGACACGGAGGAGAGACCCGAACAGGACGCGGUGCCAGUGACUGCUGCCAGGAUCAAGCGCCCCUUGCCCUCCCAGGCGAACAGAUACACAGAGACACUCAACUGUAAGGCCCACCGGAAAAACAGCCAAGUGGACAGCCUGAAAGGGAGGUGGCAGCAGUGGGCCGAUGAACACAUACAGUCGCAGAAGCUCAAUCCCUUCAGUGACGAGUUUGACUAUGACCUGGCCAUGUCCACUCGGCUUCACAAGGGAGACGAGGGCUACGGCCGUCCCAAGGAGGGAAGCAAGACAGCCGAGAGGGCCAAGCGCGCCGAGGAACACAUCUAUCGGGAAAUCAUGGAGUUGUGCUUUGUUAUCCGCACCAUGGCUCGCCACAGACGCGAUGGCAAGGUCCAGGUGACCUUCGGAGAACUCUUUGAUAGAUAUGUCCGCAUUUCAGAUAAAGUGGUGGGCAUCCUCAUGCGUGCCAGGAAACACGGACUGGUGCACUUUGAAGGGGAGAUGCUAUGGCAAGGCAGAGACGACCAUGUUCUGAUUACUCUCCUUGAGUAAGUUCUCAGGGAAAUCAACUUAGUGAAAUAAUGUAGUAAUAGUAAGGACAAAGGCAAGCUGUGCUGGAAUGUUAUCAAUAUUAAAUGAUUUUUUUACAAAUGGCUUUUGGUAUUAUUUCUGAGGUUACGACAUAAAGAUUGCAAUAAAACACACUCAGAACAUUUUAGAAGUCUACAGACUUUAAUACAAACACAGUAUAUUGAUAUUUGAAAUUUCACUUACCUUUUUAGACAAAAAUAUUUGGCCUUCAUUGAUGAAAUUAUUACAGAUUUAAAAAUACAGGUUUAAAAAAGCUGACCUUUAGAUACCGUAGAACAACAUCACAAUAGCAGUCAUUUUUAGGGGCAAAAUUCAUUUAAAUUGGAUAAAAUUUAAUUGCUUUUUUUCUAAAAAAUAAAAAUAAAAAGAUAAUCAUUGGGCUAAACUAGCCUCAAACUCUCAAACUCUAUUUCGCUAAGGGUGACUUCAAACUCCUGAUAUGUGGGCCUCUAACUCUUUAGUGCUGGGAUUAGAGGCUUCUAUGGGAUUAUUCCCACUUUAUAGCAUGUGAGGACUCAGACCCAGAGCCUGAGACCUGCCCAGGAAGCACACUCUUACUUACCAGAAUAUUCCUCAGUCCUUUCAAAAGUUACAGGAUCACCUUUGGUGCAUAAACAAAAGUAGGCCCUCACUUAGAUGCCGAAGUUCCUUCAGUCAGCCUUGCUCUUUCGACUUGAGCAAGUCGUGUAGAAACAGAUGCCAUCUGUGGCCUCACAACCAACAAAGACAGCACAUGACCAGGGAGUGGAGGUGGGGGGCUCAGCUUCAUCAACAAGGUUGAUUUUUGCCUAAAGCGUUGAUGAGUAAUGCCUGCUUCCAUGAUGCAAUAGAUGCGCAGCAAACAAGAGAUACAGAAAUUCUAUGAAGUGUAUGUUCAUUGGAGAAAAUCUUACAGAACCACUGAAUUUAAAACUGAUACAUUUCCCCUUUCUGUACCAACAAAGAAAAGGCCACAAAACAAAAGUCUCUCUCUCUCUAGAAAAGGCCACAAAACAUAAGUCUCUCUCUCUCUCCAACUCAACACACACAAACACAAAACAAAAAUCAAAGAAAGCUGCUAAAAUUAAGUUAUACUUUGCGUUAAAUACAAAAAGGUCCAAUUAUAUGUCAAAAUAACAGGAAUCCAUAACUGCUCCAUGUUAGACAAGCUACAGAUUGAACUAGAGAUUGCCAAGAAUGAUUGCUUCAGAGAAUUCCAAUAUUUAAAAUGAAACACAGACCUUUUUUCUAUACUUUCUGAGUCCUUAGUCAUGACUAGUAUUUCUAGUGAAAUUCCCCAUGCACGACACGCACGUGUGUUGUCGGUGGGAACCAUGUCAGAGCUGAGGAGAACACAGUGGAGUAAGAGCUGCUACAUCAUUUGUUAUUUUGUAUGAUUAUUUGGGUUAGAUUCCAAACCAUCUCUUUUUUUGUUGGGAAUAAAACAAAACCAGAGUUGAAGCUGUGAUAUUCCUAGUACCAGCAUCUCAUCCAAGGCUUCAGGAGCUCACAUGUCAUCAGCUCUGCAGGUUACAGGAUGACAUGAUUCAAAGGUCUACUUGUAUGAACUCAAGGAUACCCUGGGAACCCUUUCCCUAGUGCGUGGCAAAGUGAGAUCACAUCCAUACCCUGCUUGGCUUCUGUCUUUCAAAGAUGUUGCUUUCCUGAUUCUCAGCAUUUCUCAUGGUACAGGAAUCACUCUAGGUGUGCUGGGAUUCUGCAGGACCGAGAACUCUUAUCCCUUCUGCUAAGAAAGCAAACAGUCAUUAAUUCUUCUGAAUAACGCUUAACGAGUCAGAAACUAGAAUCCUUGGAGGGAAAACGCUAUGCGUCAGGGGCAUCCGAGCAGGCAGCCUGCAAGGCUUCACCACCGCACUUUAGCAACUUAUUGGGUUAACUAUCUGUAGACUUUUUUCUUACCUUAUUCUAUUUUAUUGUGCUUAAUACUGAAUUCUAAGACCAUUAGUCCUACAAUUUUUCCUGACAUUAAAUUCAAAAAUAUUCUCUCUAAAGGACAGGGAAAUUCAGACUUGAAAACUUAAAACAUUUUCACCAAAAAGAAAAUAUGCUAAGAAAGUUCAGCAAACAAGCUAAUAUAAUUAUAAAGGGAAGACCAAUUAUAAUAACAAAGUCUAUAAAAUAAUUAGAUCAUAUCGUAUAUAGUUCUAAAUUCCUAGUAGCAUGGACUUGAUCUCCCAAUCCCCAAGGUUUUCCUUUUGGUUUCCAGUCCUCCCUAGUGUCUGUACCGACAGGCCCUUUAUGGCCUCCACCUGAGUAUCUGCAAGUUGCUGACGCCUGGUUCACAAGCUCGUUCUCCUGCUCCCUCUGCUCACUCCCUGGGAAGGGAAGCUCUGAGCCUGGGGUAAUUUCUCCUCCCAUAUGUGUAGCAAGAUGAGAUCAUAGCCACACUCAGUUUUUUUUUUUUUAUAUUCCCUUUGAAACACCAGCUGCUGUCCCAAUUAUCAGCAGAAAGAAUGUAGAAUUAUCAGAGCCAUUUCUUCAUGGUAAAGUUCUAAUUCUCUGAAAGCUAGGAUUUUGUUACACCCCUUUCUGCUCAGUCAUUUCACUGAGUCAUCGUAAGAUAAGGCCCAGAGCCCGGGCUGAAGUGGACCCUCAACCCAGAUGUCCCCACUUUAUUUUUGGUACCCAGGACAUUUCCUAGUGCACAAUCAAUGGCUUUUAAUUUAUAAGCCGACCUGAACUACUUCAAGUUUUCAGAGAAGUUUCUAUCAUCACCAAUGUAUUACCUCCUGCUCAGAUAUGCGCGCACGCCGGAACCUGCCAGGAUUACAUCAACCUAAACUUUUAUAACUUCUACUCCCCAAAUUUCUCUUGGAGGAAAAAUUUAAGCAAUAGAGAAAUACUUAUGUGUAGUCAGAGGUCGCUCGUUCAUUUCCUGGUUGCACAGACCCAAAAUAAUCAGACAGAAUCUAUAUUAAUUACAAUACUGUCUGGCCAAUACCUUAAGAGUAUUUCUGGCUCUUAUAUUUUAAAUUAACCCGUUUCUAUUAAUCUGUGCGUCACUAUGAGGUUGUGGCCUACCGGCAGAGUUCCAAUAGGUUCCCACACACAUCUUCUUCCUUGGGUGGCUACAUGGCUUCUUCUCUGACCCUGCCUACUCCCUAUAUAUCUUUUCCAGCCAAAAGCAGCUUCUUUAUUAACCAAAGGCAAUAAAACAUUCAUAGCGUAUGGAGAGGAAUCCCACAUCACAUAUGCAGCAAGCUAGGUUAUAUGUGUGUAAAUAUAUACAUCAAGGUAUUUUGGAAAUAAGGGCAUUAAGAAAUAAUAAAAUCAACUUUACGCAGAAAUGAGAAGACACCAAUGGAGAGAGGAGCUGGUCCCUUACCAGAAUGUACAAGAAUAUACCAGCUUUUAGUUUCGACUUUUAGGAGCUUUUAAACCUCCACCACCAAAGCUUGUAAGGUUUGAACACUUUGGUCUCAGAAAGGAACCUUCUUUACAUGCUGGAGGGCUUUAUCUAAGCCUGGCAUAAAUACUUAAACACCUGAAAUUACCUACCUGGGUCUGGAAAGGAAGCUCUUGCACAUUAGUUUUCAAAAAAAAAAAACUUUUCUUAACCAGGCUCCCAAAUGAUGCUUUCUGAAGUGUUCCUCUAUUUCCCACAUACUGCCGAGUUACCAAUACGAUAUUCACAGUAUCCUCUUAACUCUUGACCUCUGUUAACGCCACUUUUAUGUCUCUUAAUAGCAAUCUUUUGUUCGUGUUAAUUUUUCUAAUAAGCGAAACUGAUUAUUUUAAUUGUUUUGUAUCCAUUUAAAAUUAUAUUGGUUUUUUUGCGCAUAUAUUUAUUUUGUGUUGCCUGCUCUAGGUCCAAUUUGUUUUUGUUUUUGUUUUGUUUUUUAAUAACUAGAGAGGAGAGCUCAUAGCCUUUUCUUGUGUUGGUUAAUAUAUUACUUUGAUGAACAAAACAAAUAAAAACCAAACCAAAAAGAACCUAUUUCAGGAACCCUAUUUUAAAUCAGGUCUACAAGGGCUCUUCAUCCACAGCAAAAUCAUGUUGUUUAGAAACUUAAAAUUUUGGAAUAGAACAUCGAAUGUUUCUUUAAAAUUUGUAAUUUCUCAUACUUUACUAGGGGCUAGGUUCUGUGGACGCCAACACUUACAUAUGCAUUUUUCCUCUUUAUACACUGGCAACUUGAUGGUAUUAAUACAAGAGAGUUCUUAAGUUAAACCUUAAGGAUAUUCAAGAAAUUUACCUAUAUUUUGGGGCAAUAUCUAUCUAUCCAUCCAUCCGUCCGUCCGUCCGUCGGUUGGUCGGUAGGUAGAUAGCCAUAGCUAUCUUUGAACGCUGACACCAAGCUGGUAGCCAGCUCUUGUCCAGCCCGGUUAUUGCACUUCUUCCAAAUCUAUACUUCUUGCUUUACCACCACUUUUGUUCUUAUUGAGGCCUCAUUGUUUCCCCUCUAGAUUUUACAACAGACUUGCUUGUUUUUCUACCAUCUUUAGCCUUUCCCUCUAUUAACCUAUUUUUUCACCAAGAUUUCCCCAAAGCACACAUCUUUCCAUGGUAAUGUUCUCAAAAGCUCGGUGAGAUUAAAAAGUAAAAAUCUGUUUGGUGCUGUGCACAGGGCUCUUCAUGAUACUGAGAUUUAUGCUAUGCACUCUCUACCCUCCCCCAACACUUCAAAUCCCUUGUACUACUGCUAAUAAGUGACUCUCCAUUCUAAAAGCAGUGCUACCUCUAACUAAAUUCGAACCUGUCACUUCCUGUUGCCACAUCAACACAGCGUGCCAGCAGGGCACUUGUCAGGAGACAGUGACAUGCUUAUGACCAGUUCUUAGAUAUGGAAAUAACUUGAUUAUUGAAUAAAUCCAAACUCAUUUGCAUUUAUGCAUUGAAUUUUAUUUGGUAUACAUCUCUAUGACCUUGUUGUAGCUGAAAUCCAUUACAGGAUGUCUUAAAGAGUUAUGAUGAGUCACCUCCACAAAGACAUUAAUACUGCUGUGGAUGACCAAAGGGGAAAGGAUACAUUUAUUUACAGUUCCCUACAUUAUAAACAUUUACCCUAGAUACUAUUACCUAUUAUGUAACGAGAGCUAUACACAGACGAGGAAACGAUGUCCUGUGUUUCUAUUCAUCUUCAGAAACAGCAUGUCAUAGAACACCGGAGAUUUUGAUUAGCAUUAUGCUUUCUUUAGAUAAUUAUCUAGACUUUUCCCAAAAUAACUAGGUAUAUUUUUUUAAGUUAUAUAACUAAAACUACUUAAGCCAAUAAACUUGGCCAGGUAAUUUCAUUUUCAGAAUAAUUUAAAGUGCUAUAAGCAACCUGGCAGUCAACACUUUCUAUAAGAACAAAACUAUCUUUAAACAUCAGUUUACAAGAUAUACAACGUUGGUGUGGGACAGCUGAGUUUUCAGCGCACAGUCACUGCCACAUGUUUAACAGCAGGAUUUAUUCUUUGCAUAACACGAAGCUCUGGAAUUGAACUGACAGAUGUUGCCACGAUGGCUUAUUGUUGGUUUCCUACAAGAGAAGAUACAGCUGCUAGUUUAUUCUAUCUUUUCUGUUUUUUUGAGGCCACUUGACGUAAGCUUGCACAUUCACCACGUCUACUGAGUUACAGUAUUGUCUACUACAGUCACUGCCCUUGUACAAGAGCAGGUGCUAAUGGGAACUAAUAACAUAUACCACUUUUAAAAAAACAAGGUUUUAUUUCAAAACAUUUUUUUUCCUUUGAGGAUAAAAAAAAAGAAAACAAAACAAAAAUGUAUCUGGGGAGCUGGUGUGCAACAAGGCUAACCCAAGAGAACCGUGAGACAGUGUAUCUGACACAAUGUUGAAGAGAUGUGCAGGCUUUAGUUUUUGUACUUAUGAUAAUGCCCUAUUAAGCUACAAGUAUGUAAAUAGUAUUACUUGCUUAAUAUAUUAAAUCCAAUAGAAUCAUCAAUUUCUCCUCUGUCAAUUUGUAACUCUUUGUCUGAUAACUCAGUGAUGAAAACAUGAGCCCAAACCUGCAUAUCAUGUGUGCUGUAGUCCAUGCCAAUCAGACUUCUCUUCAAAUGUCAUUGUCCUCACACGAAACUGAGAAUGGUUACACGUGAGUGAAGAGAACGCUGCAGUGAAUUAGAACUAGAAAGGUCUAUGGAGCAGAUAUUAUUUCGGCAUGUGGUUUCUCCAAUGACAAGCAGGUCCCAACGUCACUUCUGUCAACUCACCAGAUACAAAGUACCUUGACCCCAUUUCCUCACUGCCCCAAGUGCACUGCUCUAUAAAAGGAAACACUACAGAUUUAAAAAAAAAAAAAAGCUGAACAACAGAGCACCAUUCAACUG